UGUGUUUGUUCAGUCUCUCUGCUACCUGCGUAGUCAACGAAUGGGGAAAGAUGGUGUUUGACAAUAGAACAUUCAGAGUUUAAACUUUAGAAACGUUAGGGUGUCUUCCCACGCAGCAGAAGAAAAAAGAGAAAGAACGAAAACGGAACCAAUCACAGCGCCUGUGAUUUCUUCCGUUUUGUUUUUAAAAUAAUUUAUAUUGGUUAUGUUAUUUACAUGAGAAAGAUUCGUACAACGUAAACAAUAAUAUGUGAAUAAUUGUAUACGUAAUUUUACACAAUGUUUCAAUAUUCAAUAUUUUAUGAACAUAGAGAUAUUUGAUUUGACUGGUGUAAAAGAAAUUUGAAAUUCUAUAAAAUCAAUUCAGUAAUAUUAGAUUAACAGCUAGUAAAAAAUAAGAUAUCUGUAAUUUGUGAGUUACCUUUCGUGUAAAUCGACGCUUGCGAACACGCUUCCCGUUUCUGUCGCCUAGAUGGCGGUUGGAAAUUGGGUGCGAAUCGCGCGGGAAUACAUGGCGUCUCUCGGUGACGAGGCGAUGAGAGGGUCUUUCUCAGGCCUUUCGAAUCAGUGAUGCUUAAAUUGCGGUUGUGUGGGAAUUGCCGCCUGUUGCGUUCGUCCACGCGAAAUUGCAAAAACUAAAUUCAGCGGAAUCGUGCCCGCGGCGUAGUCCGGAUACAUAAUGCUGACGAUAUCGAUGGUCGGUAUCGCAGAAGUUAUCGACCCACUUAAGUUUCACGUUCUCGUGCGUACGUUUGCGCGCAGGUGUCGCCAGUGUGGACGAUACGCGGCAGACGCAUUUGAAAUGUAAACGGCCAAUCAAAUGUUUAUCAAAUUAAAUCGGGCAUCGCGUAAAGUGUGUGAAGUCGCGAAUAGAUAAAAAAACGCGAGUCUCGCAUCCGCGUAGCCGGAAUUCGCGUCUCGCGUUCGAGGCUGACGGAUAAAUAUGGUAACGAGCAUUCCGGCGAAGUUCACGAGUGCGGUGCGCCUUCGCCUUUUCGCGUGUGCGUCGGAAGAGGAAAAGUUAACCUCCAUGCCCAGCGAACGGCGUUCACGGAGGAUGAGGCGAGAGCAGAGAGGCGUUCACGAAGAAUGAGAGGCGAGAGGCGCCGCAGAUGCCGGUGGAUGAUGCGGGGGAUCUCCGUGGGAAUACCGGAUGUUCUCGAGUCGUCAUCUUUACCGGACAUUGUGUGUUCAAGGCUUCAGGCAAGGAAAGGCGAUUCUUUUGUCUUACCGCUCUGGAGAUGCUGGAUGGUCAAACUUUAAAAUACUUCUUGAAAUCGGAUCUAGAUUCACGAGGCGAAUGAAAGACUCGGGAGGACGCAAAAGACAAUAUAUUGGCAGUACAAAAAAUACCGGUGUCAGGAUUAUUACUCCGGGGCAAGUGGCUCGACGUGACAGCUGCGAGCGGCCAAAGGCGAAGUUCGCAGGAUACUCGAGUAUCACCAGCCCGCCGAAAAAUGUCGGAAUAACGACGUUGCCCGCGGACAGAAUAGGAGAAAGCGAAGGAGGAGGAGGAGGAGGUGUAGUAGAGAAGAAGUAUCGAAGAAAAGGAAGGAGGCAAGCUAUUCACCGAGGCAGUUAUCGCGGAUGAGGCAGGCCCAUCGAAAAGCCACGCCCCAGAAGAUGAGAGAGCUACGGCGGCGAGAGAGUGAAAAGCUCUAGAAUGUGAGUCGUGUGUUUUUCUCUUUUUAUCGUUUACAAUAAUUACAAGAUAAUUGCUCAACGGAACGAGCGCCUCGGGCGUGCGUCAUCUCCGCGCGAUGCGCACAACUGCAGGAUUUAUUUAUCUUCGCCUCUUUUUUUUUUUAUUUCUUCCUCUUUUUCGUUCGUAUCGAUGGUGGCUGGUUACUUUGUGAGCGGCUAACAUGCAGGAACAAAACGACGCGACGCGACGUCGUGGUCGAACCGUGGAGAAUUCAUCGUUCUUAUCGCGAUUUGUACUUAACGCCCGAACAUCUUGCGACGCGCGUAUAAUAAUUACCAUACUCGCCGUAAAUACGAGAUCCGCGGUGUUACGCGCGGGGGAAGGGAAGAGGAGAAGGGGAGAAUGACGCGCCAAUUACUCCUUUCCCAUUACGGUAAAUCAACGGCUCGCGAUAAUUCUCUCGCGGAUUACGGAUGUACGUUUAUGCGCGAAAUAGCAAAUCGGUGCGGUAGCGAUCAUUAAAUCGGCCAGCGGUGGCGACCAGCCCAUGCCGUGGCUAAAUAGCCCCGGCCUGUGGCCCCGAUUUAAGACCGCUUCUCUUAAGAUGCUCUCAGAGACCGCCUGCCACCGUGCUCUCUCUUUCUCUCUCUUGGGCGACCGGUGCUCGGUAGAGACUUAAUAAGACAUCGUGACUCGGCGCAAUGUCAGCCUCUAAGUGAUCGGUUAAUUGUACAUUAAACCGUACAUAAUAGAAUUAUCGGCGGUAAAGAGAGAAAGAAAGAGAAAGCACACACACGAGCCCUGGCUCGUGCCCCUUCUGUAAAAUCUGACCCAUUGCUUAAUCUACGUAUCGAACUAAAAUUAAUGUUCUGACACUUUUUUAUGUGUACCGCAAGCAUUAAAAUGUUUAUGUAUUAUGUAAUUGGAUGAUAGAUUGGGAUUCGCUUCGGAAAAUAUUGAGAUUAUGCUGUUAACUAUAAAAAUAUCAUUUAAUUAAUUUUACGAAAAUUUAAAAAUAACAAUUUGCAAACUAAUCUCUAAUUCUUUUAUAAUAUGUUUCUUCUAAUUUUAUAAUUAAAAAAUAUUAUAUACAUAUAUAUAUAUAUAUAUCAUUCCCACAUAACAUCGGACAUUCUAUGUAUAUGCAUUUUUUCUCCAUAAUGUGAAAAAAAUAUCUUGUAUGUUAAAUGUAUAUACAUCUCAUAUACAUGAAUUGAAUAUACAUUAUGGUAUGUAAUGUGUAUAUCCA